GCCGCGAAGUCCCCUUGCGCAGGCGCGUUGCUCGCUUCUACAGAGCAGACACUCCUGAGGCGAAUUACUAAUUUGCUGAGGGCGGCGGCAAAGGGGAGCGGCUGGGAAGAGGCGGCAAAGCAGCCGCCGCCGCAUACCUGUUGGCUCUCUCGGCUCUACCUGCGCUCGCGGUCCCCCGUGGUCACUCCGGGAGCAGUCCGUGAGGAGGAGGGAGGCCGAGGCGAGUUGGCGCCGGCGCGCCUGCGCGCGUACGGUGGCCGGACGGGACCAGAGGUGGUUCUGCCGGUGACAGUCGCGAGCCCCACCCUUUCCCCACGUGGCUGCGAAAACCGGUUUGAGAGUGUCUAUCAGGUGGGUACCUGCCGCCUCAUGCACAGAUGAAGAUGGCCUCCAAGCGCAUCACCCAGGAGACCUUCGAUGCAGUCGUUCAUGAGAACAUUGAAGAGUUCCAGAUGCAACCAGAGGAGGCAAUAAAAGAGGCCGUGGAACAAUUUGAAUCACAAGGGGUUGAUCUGAGCAACAUUGUAAAGCUGGUACCCAAAGUCUCUGCAGAUGGAUCCCAGGAGCCUAGACAUGACAUCCUACAGAUAAAUAUUUGUGGAGUGAAUGAGAGAGACAAACAGACCUCUGGUAUGGGCCAGUCUGGCAAAGGUCCUGGAUGACCUGCGGGAAUCCGUGGCCCACUCUCGCCCCCAGGAAGUGUCCAUGCACCUUGCCCGCUUUUUUGAACAGUGCAAGCAGCACAAGGCUUGCCGCUUCCUGGCUGCCCAGAAGGGGGCCUACCCCAUCCUUCUGGCUGCCUGGAAGCUUGCUGCAGCAAGUGACCAGAGCCUGUUGCUUCAGGCCCUCAACACCCUGUCAGCCCUGACCGAUGGCCAGCCCGAUCUCCUAGACACCCAGGGCCUACAGCUGCUGGUGGCAACCCUGGCCCAGAAUGCCGACGUAGCUGAUCUGACCUGCUCUGGGAUCCGCUGUGUUUGCCAUGCCUGCCUGAAGCACGAGCAGAAUCGGCAAAGCCUGGUGAAGGCCGGUGUGCUGCCCCUGCUGACUGGUGCCAUUGCCCGACAUAGGCAUUGCGCCAACGUGGUCAGAGAGGCCUGUUGGGCCCUCCGAGUCAUGACCUUCGAUGAUGACAUCCGUGUGCCCUUUGGCCAUGCCCACGACCAUGCCAAGAUGAUUGUGCAGGAGAAUGGAGGCUUGAAGGUGCUCAUUGAGGCUGCCAAAGCAUUCUCUGACAGCCCCAGUAUCCUGAGUGAGCUCUGCAGCACCCUGUCCCGCCUGGCCGUCCGCAAUGAAUUCUGCCAGGAGGUCGUCGACCUUGGGGGCCUCGGGGUCCUGGUGGCCCUACUGGCCAACUGCAGCGACCACCAGGACCUUGUGAAGCAAGUGUUGAGUGCCCUGCGGGCCAUUGCAGGCAACGAUGAUGUGAAGGACGCCAUCGUCCGUGCUGGUGGGACAGAGUCCAUCGUGGCUGCCAUGACCCAGCACCUGGCCAGCCCCCAGAUAUGCGAGCAGAGCUGUGCAGCCUUGUGCGUCUUGGCCCUGCGAAAGCCAGAGAACAGCCGGGUCAUCAUGGAGGGCGGUGGGGCCCUGGCUGCAUUGCAGGCCAUGAAGGCACACCCUCAAGAGGCCGGAGUGCAGAAACAGGCCUGCAUGCUGAUCCGUAACCUGGUGGCCCGCAGCCAGGCCUUCUCACAGCCCAUCCUGGACCUGGGGGCUGAAGCACUCAUCUUGCAGGCCCGUGCUGCCCACCGUGACUGUGAGGACGUGGCCAAGGCUGCCCUGCGGGACCUUGGCUGCCAUGUGGAGCUGCGAGAGCUGUGGACUGGCCAGAAGGGCAACCUGGCACCAUGACCCCAGGCUCAGUCUGGGCCGUGGCUUUGGAUGAGUUCUGUGAUUCAGGAACAGGGAGGAGGUCCGUGUCCUGCCACUCUAUUCCCCAGAUUCCUCCCCCACUCAGUGAAAAGUGUUUUCUGAUGGGCACCAUGUAGAGGCUGGGGUGGGAAGGGAGCACUGGUGAAGCAUCUAUAGAGCAUAAAGCAGCCCCAGGGUCUUGGCCUCCCAUCACCUUGUUCUCCUCACCAGCUGACAGCACUGGCAUUAUCCUGCCUGCCUGCCCACCCCCACCACAUGCCCUUUCCUAUCAGAUGGGCCUCCUUAGUGCUGCCUGGAGGUGGAGUGCUGACUGAAAUUUGGGAGCCACGCUGGCCAAUUUCACAACAGGAUGGGGACCCCGCUUUGGCUUACAAGUCUGUUUUCUCCCCUGCUCAUCUCUCACUUGUAAUAUGGGUUGUAGGAGCCUUGCUCUGCUGGACAAACGGCAGGGACCAAACUCUUCUGCCUCCAGGGGCCCCAGGCCAGCCCGUACUGCCCAGGAAUAAAAGACUCUGUUAGUUGAA